AUGGCCGACGUCGAACAACAGCAGGGCGGGCCCAGCAUCUCGCGACGGAAGUCGAAUGCCGGCAAAUUGAAGGUACCGGCCGCGAAUGAUUGGUCACGGAAGGGCGAGCCACGCUCUCGUGCUUCGCCUCGCCAGCAACGCCAUGGAGAUAUAGACAUUGACCAUGUCGAGUCGUCCGACGACGAUGCCCCCGACGAUAAACCGUCGCCGAGGAAGCCACGACGUCGACUUCGUCCUCAACUUCGCCCAAAAACCCCGGACUCUUCGGCUUCCGACUCAGCCUCCUCAGACAUCGCGACCCCGGCCAAAGCCCCACUGCGGUCGAUGAAGUCACGUUCCAAGAGCAGGACGCGGGUGCCCAACGGGACCGUGCCCGCUGUGGACACCACGCCCGCCCAUCGGCGCCCAACUUACAUCCUCGAGAAAAAUAGCGAUGACUACGACGACGACGACGACGAUGAUGACAAUGGCCCCCCUCCCUCCGGUCCCUCGCGGCCCGUGAGUCGCCAAACUAUCGCCCGCCGCGCACCGAGCGUCCGAUCCACUCACCCCUAUCGCUCCACGCCCGAAUCUCGCCGUUCGCCGAGAACUUCCGUAUCCGAUUCCGAAGACGAUACCGGCGUUACUACAGACUCUGCCUCAGAGGAGGUCAUCAUUCACAACCCCAAGCACCUCCCACCCGCUCCGAUGGCCCCUAGCGUUCCGAGUGUGCCUCCCGCCGGUGGCAUCCACGAUUCUUUGCAGGAAAGGCUCAGUCGACGCCCCGAGAUGGUGUAUGAGGAGACUGACGCGGACGGACUCUCGAGAUACGCGCCGUCCGCUAGACAUCGGUCGCUGUCCCGCCCGGCCUCCAGCAGGAAUGACCGUUACCGGCGGCCCCGGGACGUCACUAUUUCUGGACCGCCGAGCCUCGACGAAAGACGGCGGUCUCGGUCGAGGUCAAAGAGUGUACGACCCUCAAGGAGGCAUUAUGAAUCGGACGUCUACGUCCCUUCUCGGCCAACUUCGUCCUUCAAGCGGCCACAGGCAGCCUCGGCUUACAGCCUGGAAUCGUCCGCAAAGCGGUCCGCUUUCUUUGGCGCUGGCGACUAUACUGCGCCUCUCACUCGUCCAGCGCACUUUGACAAGCCAGCUGAGCGAACCACCGUGUGCGUGCUCUGCAGGGAUGACAAUACCCCCGUGAGCACGACCGUGAAACUGAAAUGCUGUCAUCGCAUGUGCCAUUCGUGUAUCCGCAAGGUGUUUCAGCUCUCGCUUGAUGACCCGCAACAAAACAUGCCGCCACGGUGCUGUACCACCGACAAUAUCCCCAUCUCGGCUGUUGAGAACCUAUUUGACCCGGCGUUCAAGAAAGAAUGGAAUCAGAAGUACAAGGAGUAUGCCAGCAGCCGCCGCCUCCUGUGCCCGACCCGGCGCUGCGGUGAGCCGAUUCCGCGGGAAAGCAUGCGCAGUGAGAACGGACGAUGGCAGGGCCGGUGUAGCCGCUGCCGGGCCAAGGUUUGUGUGGCCUGCAAAGGUCUGUGGCACAACCAGUCCAAGUGCCCGAAGAAGGCCGGGAACCCGGUGCCCGAACCGGUUGUCGAACAGGCGAAGAGGGAGUCCUGGCAACGCUGCUUCCGCUGCCCGAGAACAGUGGAAAUCAAGAAUGGCCAGAAUCAUGUAGCAUGCCCUUGCGGUGCUGAGUUCUGUGCCAUAUGCAGAUCCAAGUGGAAGUCAUGUGCCUGUCCUUGGGGCAAAGAGGACCCAUUUGAAGAGGCUGAGACAGCGGCUUCACGAGCGAACCCUUUCGCGGCUCGGGCACACUCUCCACAUGACUUCCGGUCGGAGUUUUCUCCACCACAAGGGGGGCAUUUGGUGCGACCCCGGCCGUCUAGCUACGAGGAAGAUGCCCAUCUUCGCCGGUACCAAGAACACCGGGAGGGCCAUUUGACCCGCAGGAUGCAUUCGUUUGACGACUUUGACAAUCACCACGGAGGACUGGCUGGGUUUGAUCGGAGACGGGAAGAGUAUGACUUCGACGAGGAACCGGAUCCGCGUGAGCGUCGCCAGCGUCUGGAAGCCCGCCCGUACAGUGCAGCGUUCACUGAAGACGAAUACCACCGCCGGGCAGCAACAGUUGUGGCUCCGUCGCCCCCCCAAGCCCAUCUAGCAAGCGCCCCACAACCCCCUCGUUCCGCAUUUGAACCGCCAUCGCGACCUGCAUUCGAGCGCUCGAUGACCGGGUUCGAAUACGGUACCGCGCUGCCCCGAGCAAGAGAGCCUCGUUAUGCUUCCCCUGAGAGAUUUGAGUAUCCGACGGAGAACUACACGCCCGAAAGACGACGUCCUCACUCCCCCGACGCCUGGCAAUCUUUCCCGCAGGAACGCCGAGCCCGAUCCCGCGAUAGACGCCACACGUUCCCGUCGGAGUCGCGACCAACAUCACCUGACUGGCAGAUGCCAACCCGGUACCCAUCGCCAGCGGCCCCCGAAGAGGAAGAAGAGCGCGACCCUUCACCUGAGAGACGACGUGCCCCGUCACCCGACAGGCGCCGUGCCUCUUCGCUCGAGAGGCGCCUCGCGGGUAGAUUGACCAAAGAAAAUUGGCAAAGCCCUGGCGCGCCCACCGUUAUGAAUGGCGGUGCCGGCCCGGCUACCCAAGUCGGAGCCCUCGGCCCCGCGGGCGCUUUAGGUCCCCUCAGCCCUACACGGGCACCCCCGCCGCCUUCCCGAGCCGCCACCCACAUCGGUGCAAGCAUGCCCAUGGCGCCCGCGCCUCCGCUCACUUCCCACGGCGGUCCUGGGGCCGUACCGCCCGCUCUUCGCCGGCACCACACCAUGGAUGAGGAAGCCGCCUACCCUCCUACUGCCGGUAUGCACGCCGGUGGUGCUGCUGGUAUGCCGCAUCCUCAAGAAUGGUUUGGUCCGCCAAUGCCCCAUGGCCACCCCCAUAAUCUCCCGCACUCCCAGCCCCCGCACCCGGGAAUGGCCGGCAUGUCAGGGAUGGCAGGCAUGGGAAUGGGCAUGGGCAUGGGGAUGAACAACAUGGGGCCCAACAUGAACAAUAUGAACAACAUGAACAUGAUGAACGGGUCGUCACGUGCGCCGACCGUCAGACGGCGCCCGCCCGGUCACCCCGGUGGGAUUCGCGAGCAUACCAAGCAUGAUAUUCCCCGGUCGUCUGUGCUAGCGGGCCUCGGGGGUAUGGGACGGGGUGCGCACCGGGUUUCCGAAUGGGCGACAUAUGUUGAGGGCGUACCGGAGGAUGCGACACGGGCUGUUGUGCAGUAA